CUCUCUCCCGCCCUCCUUCCCAACCUCCGAACACCCAAACAAACCAGAAUCCAGACCCUCUAGGAUCCCCUCUUCAACCAACUACGUCUUCUCUCCUUCCACAAUCGCUACUUAUGCAGAUUUUCUCCUCCUCUCCGCUGCUUGUUGCAGUCGCACGCGCAAUCAAUUAUCGUGGCUGGUCUUUGAUUCUCGUUUGCUGCCCCAGCCAUUGGCUUUGCUCCACCGGACCUAUUUUUCCUGUUUUCUUCCCGUGAAGGGCAGUGGUUGUGGUAGUUAGACCCGGGGCGGGUGCUUGUGUGCUGUGGUUGGACCCCAGCUGUGCGUUGUUUCACGUCGGGGAUUGGCGCUCAGGCAAAUGUGGAGAGCGUGAGGAAUUUCGACGCGGAGGUAAUUUGUGCAGGUCCUGGUGGACGCGGCUGGAGGUUUGGUGCGCCGGGUGUGUGUGUGUGUGUGUGUGUGUGUGUCUGUGUGUGUGUCGUUGAUCGCGUGGUUGGCGAGGUGAGGCGGAAUGGGCAGCCCGGAGGCCGACUGCGCUGCGGCCGAGGUCGUUGGAACGCCGGAGAGUGCUUUCGAGGAGCUCACCGGGCCUCUGCAAGGCUGGAAGCGCAAGGGGUCCGGAAAGAAAGGGGGCACUCCAAAGAGGAAGGACGUGACGUUUGUGGCCCCUGACGGCGAGGAAAUCAAGACCAAAAGGCAGCUGGACAAGUAUCUGAAAGCUCAUCCGGGGACACUGUCUGCGGGGGACUUCGAAUGGGGAGUUGCAGCUGGCGAUGCUGUGACCCCACCCGAGAACCGGAGAAGAUCGGCGAGGCUGAGCUCCAAGGGCCGUGUUUCGGGAGAAGGCAUUGAGGUGGUGGCGGAGAUAAAACGGCCCGCCGUGAAGAGGUCAAGGAAGAGUCGUGAGAACGGAAAGGACGAGAAGGACGCAGGCGCGGGCGAGGAGGCAGAUGUCAAGGCUGGCACGGAGAACGGAGCCCAUGGUGCAGCAGACGAGAAAGUGGAGGAGAACGGAAAGGACAAGGAGGAGACCAAAGCGAUGGACGUGGACGUUCCCGGAGAGGAGGUCGCUGCCGUGGAGAAAACCGUAGAAGCGACGACGGAAGGGUCGAGCGAGAAAGCGGAGGACGUGAAGGUGGAGUCGGGAGAGUCGAACGGCGGGAAGUCGGCGGAAGUUCCUGCAGAGGCGUCAAUGAAAGACGGCGAGGAGUCCAAGGCGGCGGAAGAAGCAGCGCGCAAUGGCGAUGCGGAGAAGUCGUCGAACGGCGAGGGUGGUGAGAAGGUGAAAGAUGCGGUGGUGGGCAUGGCAGAGGGCUCCACUGAGGGGGUCGAAGAAGUGACGAAGGCUGAGAAGGUGGAAGUUGGUGCUGCUGCGCCAGAGGCAGUUGCUUAGGCGGCGGGCCGCAGCGGUGGAGGGCGGAGCCAAGACCGAGUUCACGUGAAAUGGCGGAGGGGGAUUGUUCCUGGGAUGAGCGUUGAACGGAUGGUAGAAGAUGGCAGCCGCGAGGGUAUCCCUCUAGAGGCGUGUGGGAUGUGGUUGUGGUUUGGUCUGGACUUGGAGCUUGGGGCUGGGUAGUGGUAGGAGGAUGGGGUGCUCCUUGGACGAAACCGCGAUGUGUAGAGAAAUGGAGUGUGACGAGGGGCGGGGAACCUGGAAGUACAGAUGCAGGGACAGGAUCCACCCGGUGGGAGGGUGGGGGAGGAGGAAAGGUAGAGAAUGGGGUAGAAGGGAUAACGCUUGGACGCGGGCACCACCUAGAGGGUUCUUUGGUUGUCCAGUUAGAGUAGGUAGAACGCGGGUGUGCAUUGUGCAGCAGACUGUGAUUUUGUUUACCUGUUUGGCCGUGAAGGUUGCAGUAUUACUUUGAGUUCGGUGCACUUCGUGAACAGGGUGCGGAAGCCCUUGCAACA